AUCCAAAAUUAUCACUCUUCAACAAGGCAAUACUUUCAACCAUGGAAUUGAUCAUAACAUACCCUAAGCUUUUCUUCAUUACAUUAACAUUAGUACUACUAUUUUUCUUCCGCAAAAACAAUAAACGAAGAGUUUUCCUUGUAGAUUUCUCAUGCUACAAGCCCCCGAAAAAUCAACAAGUUGAUAGACAAACAUUUGUCGAUAAAAGCAGCAAAACUCUUUGUUAUAACAAAGACUCACUAGAGUUCAUGGACAAGAUGUUGGAACGAUCCGGCUUAGGUGAUAAAACGUAUCUUUCUAAAGGUUUGUUGAAAGAACCUACAGAUAUGAGCGCGGAAGCUGCUAAGGAAGAAGUGGAGAUGGCGAUAUUCGGAGUCAUAGAUGAACUUCUUCUCAAAACCGGAGUUCAAUGUGAGGAUAUUGGGAUGUUGAUUACUGUUUUUGGUGGAUACAAUAUUAUGCCAUCAGUGUCUAGUGUCAUUGUGAAACGUUACAACCUUAGACAUGAUAUACGUACAUAUAAUGUUACUGGAAUGGGAUGUACUGCUGGCCUUGUUGCCUUAGGCCUUGUCCAAAAUUUGCUUAAGGUGCAUGAUAACUCUUGUGCACUAGUAGUGACCAGUGAGAGCACUACAGCAAAUGUAUACAAAGGCAAUGACCGGUCAAAAUUAUUGGCUAAUUGCAUAUUCCGUGUGGGUGCAGUAGCUCUUCUCCUCUCCAACAAACCGUCUGAUGUGAAUACAUCAAAGUAUGAGCUCAUCCACACCGUCCGAUCUCAAACAUCGGACGAUGAUCGCUCAUACAACUGUAUUUUCAUGGAAGAAGACGUGGAAGGACAUCGAGGUGUCACAAUCAAUAAAGAUCUAUUGUACGCAGCUAUGAAAACCAUUCGAUUAAACAUAUCCACUGUAGCUCCUUUAGUCCUUCCUCUAUCUGAAAAAUUUCGUUACUUGGUAAAUCUUAUUAGUACAAAAAGCAAGGUAGAGUCUUAUAGUCCUAAUUUCGCGAAAUCCAUUGAUCAUUUCUUCCCACAUGUCGGUGGGAAGCCGGUGUUGGAUGACUUGCAGAAUAAGUUAGGAUUUAGCGAUGAACAAAUGGAAGCUUCUAGAAUGACAUUGUACAGAAUUGGUAACACUUCAAGUAGUUCGAUAUGGUAUGAAGUAGCUUAUGCUGAGGCAAAAGGUAGGGUGAAAAAAGGAGAUGCAUUGUGGCAAAUAGCAUUUGGGUCAGGUUUCAAGUGUAACAGUGUGAUUUGGAAGGCAAUUCGAUCCGUUAAUCGCGAUGAGAUGAAUCCAUGGCGCGAUGAAAUUCAUGAGUUCCCCGUGGAUGUAAGUGAUAUCGAAGUAGUCCCGCCGGACCUAUUCGUUGCUUCCAAAUAGGAUAAACUCAUGUGUUACAUGCUCAUUUUGUUUUCCAUAUUCCCCUGUUUUAUUUUUGUUCUUCUAAGCAAAUUUUCCAUUUAUAGAGAAUGGUGUAAUUUUUAUGUACUAAUUUUUAAUGAUCGA